AUGAGUGGUAAAGGAGCUUCUUCUAAAGCUUACGACAUGAUAAUGAAACUAUUAUUAGUCGGUGACUCAGGAGUCGGAAAGUCAUGCUUGUUGUUGAGAUUCGUUGAGGAUAAAUUUAAUCCGUCUUUUAUCACAACCAUUGGUAUCGACUUCAAGAUAAGAACUAUUGAGAGCAAAGGCAAGAAGAUUAAGUUACAAGUUUGGGAUACCGCUGGUCAAGAAAGGUUUAGAACUAUUACUACCGCCUAUUAUAGAGGUGCUAUGGGUAUAGUUAUAAUCUAUGAUGUGACUGAUUCAAGAAGUUUUGAAAACGUUGAAAAUUGGUUUCAAACUGUAUCCCAACACGCGAACGAGGAUGCACAGAUCUUUUUGGUGGGUAACAAGUGUGACGAUGAUGUCAAUAGACAAGUAAGUAAGGAACAAGGAGAGGAGUUGGCAUCUAAAUUGCAUGUGCCAUUCUUGGAAGCAUCCGCAAAGAGUAAUGAAAAUGUUGAUGCCAUCUUUUAUGAGUUGGCAGGAAUUAUUCAAGAAAAGCAUGUUAAUGAUGACGCAGGAGCCGCUUCCGGUGGAGGCGCUAGUGGUAUUGACGUUUCCCAAGGAAACUCUGGUGUCAAGAACAAUUGUUGUUGA